CUGCUCAUCCCCCUCUCCCAUGUCCUCUCCCCUAAAACGCGCGCAAACACACACACUCGCUCUCACUCGCAUGCAGAGCACGUAACAACACCACCCUUCCGCAACGGCACCGUUUCAUUCCCCCUCACACAUCAAUCGUACGUAAAUUCUCACACACAACACUGCACGAACCCUCUCGCACGCGAACCAUUCAGAUUUCAGGGUUCGAUCAAUGUUAGCCUCCACCAUAAAUGCCAUGGCAGAUUCAUCAUUAUCACUCUAAUUCCAAUUAAAUACACACUCACAUUUGGGUUUUCUCGGAGUGAACCGUCUCUCAUUUCCGAGAAUGGCCAAUUUGCCCCAAUCGCUCUCAAUCACCGCCUCCACCUCCUCUCAGCCGCGCAACACCGCCGUCAAGGAUCGUGAGACGGUGGCAACGGAACGCAUUGUCGUUCAACUGAUUCUCGAACUCAGCAACCCCGAUCAUCGUGAAAACGCUCUUCAUGAACUCUCCAAGAAGAGGGAAGUGGUUCAGGAUCUCGCUCCGCUAAUUUGGAAUUCUUUUGGUACCAUUGCCGCACUUUUGCAGGAAAUAACUUCAGUAUACCCUGUUAUUUCACCACCAACUCUUUCUCCAGCACAAUCAAAUCGAGUGUGCAAUGCACUUGCUCUACUUCAGUAUGUGGCAUCUCACCGUGAUACAAGGUUGCUAUUCCUCAAUGCUCACUUACAUCUAUAUCUGUAUCCCUUCCUUAAGACAACAAGCAAGGCAAAGCCAUUUGAGUAUUUGCGGCUUACCAGUCUUGGUGUCAUUGGUGCCUUGGUGAAGGUUGAAGACGUGGAAAUUAUAAGUUUCCUUCUUUCAACGGAGAUAAUUCCUCUCUGCCUGCACACCAUGGAAAUCGGCACUGUGUUGUCAAAAACAGUUUCAACAUUUAUAAUUCAAAGAGUUCUGUCACACCAUGUUGGUAAGGAGUAUGUUUUUGCUAGGCCAGACCGCUUUUUUGCAAUCGGUCAAGUUUUGGGGAAAGUGGUGGCAUUUCUUGUUGAGCAACCUUCAAUUCGUCUUUUGAAGCAUGUUAUCCGAUGUUAUCUUCUUCUGUCAGAACAUUGGAGGGGCGUCGAAGCGUUAAGCAGCUGUCUUCCUGAAAUGUUCAGAGAUGGUACUUUCAGUAAUUUGCUUCGAGAGGACCCUGAUCUCAUGAGGUUUCUACAACAGUUGCUUCACAAAGUUAAUCAGGUUCCUGCACCACAAGCUGGAGAAGGAUACAAUCACAUGAUGGUACCCUGAGAAUAAAGAUCUUGGUUAGUUGCUGGGCUUGAGAUAAUUCACUUGAUUGAUCAAAUUGGAGCUAAGCCAGAUAUUGGUUGUGAUUAUAGAUUAUUAUUAUUUAUUGAGUUAAAAGACAGUUGCUCGGCCUAUGUACUCAAUUAAGUGGUUCAUUUUAAUCCCCUCAUGAAUAUUUAAGUUGGACCCUGAGUUGUUAAACUUGGUAUUUUUGUAACUCCUUAACGUGGUUCUUCACUUUGAGACUCGACCAAUUGGAUUUUUGUGAAAACUAUUGUGAAGUGAAAAUCAUGGUUGACAAAUACAAAAGCAUAGAGAAGUUGUUAUAUUUAAA